AUGCGCCUUUUCAAGACCGUGGCGGCGUCGCCGCAGGCAGCUCUUCACCGGAUGUCCAGCACCGGCAAGCCGAACUUGCAAGAAUGGACGGAUUCCAUCCAGGAUUGGAACUGGGGACUCUCAAGGUCUCAGAUCUCUUCGAUGUUUCAUGGCAUCGACUCUGCGAUGGACGGGCAGGUUGACAUCCAUGAGCUCCUCGCUUGUUUCAGGCGUGGAGAAUACGAAGGACAGUUUUGGCAGUCUGCCGAAGCACCGUCCCCACCUGUGGCGAGCUUCCAGCCGCAAGCUCUUCCAGCACAGGCAGCCUCUAAGUACGAUUGCUAUGACGGCCUGGACAUGUGGCGGUUCGAGUGGUCGAAGGAGAAGACGUUGUCCUGCAGCCUCAUUAGUGCCAGCGAGUUGCGAGGAAGCCUCUCCCCGGAUCUAACACCUGCACAGGUCGUUAAACAAAUGGACACCAAUAUGGAUGGAGUAGUCAGCCAUGAUGAGUGGCUGGCGGCUGCAACCGGAUUCUCCGGUCGUGGUCCCUUUCUGAAGAGCUUGACCGAACCGCGAGCAGAAUUUGCCUUCAAGUCCAUCGAUGUGAGUCAGGAUGGGAACCUCAACGAGAUGGACCUGGCAAAUUCACUAGGCUUGCAGGAUGCAAGCUUGCCACUGGGAGCUGCGCCCCCGACCUCUUCAGGUGUCUCGGUAGACACUUUGAAGACUCGUGUUCUGGGCCGGUGGUCCACAUUGUCCAAUGCGUUCCAGAAGAUGGACCAGGACGACAACCACCGGCUGAGUCGCGACGAGUUUAGCACAGGCUUGGAAGAGCUUCGGCCGCCCAUUGAAGAUAAGGAGGAGAUGGCACGCCUUUUCGAAGGUUUUGAUGCACUCAAUGACGGCAGAAUUACGCCUCCAGAGUGGCAUGGUACGCUGCAGAGUGGACAGCUCUUCCAGUCUCCAGAGGCCCUGCAGAAGGUACUGCACAUGGGGGCGGCGGAUAGCUCGAGCUGGAUUCACCGGUCGCCUCUGCAGACAGACUCCCUCCGAGGGGCAGAGCAGACCACGGACCGCUCCAAGUUGAGCGGAAAUCUUCAAACUCUCUCUGCGCACGCAGAGGGCAAAUUUCGGGAGAAGGCGGUGCAAUGGGCGGGGAGCAUGAGGAGCGCAUGCUCGAAAAUGGGUGUCCUCCAUGGUGACAUCUCGCUGAGCGCCUUCCAAGCGGCCAUCGGAGCUUUCGAGCCGCUUCUGGGAGGCGAAACCGCAGGCGCCUUGUUCAACAAGAUUGACGAGGACCACAACGGCUUUAUCAGCAGCCAAGAGUGCUUCCUAUCGCAGCAAGAGCUGCGGGAGCAGCUCUCCUCGGUGAAGUCGCUGCGCAAUCUGUUCUGUGAUGCAGAUUUCAACAACGAUGGUCAGCUUUCGCGGGACGAAUUCGGGAAACUCGGCAGGCUCUUGAACAAGGGGUCUUCUGCGGAGAGGUAUUCAGCCUACUUCGAUGAGUUAGCAGGGACUGGUCAGCCCCCGCUUACGCUGGCAGCCCUCGAGACGCUGGCCGGCAGAUCCGAUUCUUCCCAGCACGUAUUGUCCAAAGAAGAGAGCUCAAAGUACAACGUCCCUGCGAUUGUUCAUGGGAAGUGCAUCCUCAGUGUGAAGGGGGACAGUGUCCCACCUGGAUUGAGCGAGAAGGUGGGUAAGGCUUUCUCUGCCACCCUCUCGCAGCAGCUUGGGGUGACAGUCAGAGUCGCAGGGGCGCAGGAGCAACGCGGAACAACAUCAAAAGAGUUUGAUGUGCUGUACACCUCCAAGACACAGGAUGGUGCAGUAGUUAUGCAGAAGUUGCACGAGAAUGCCGGCAGCAUUCAGUCGGAGUUGGAAGAAGCAGUUGCGGCGAUGAUCUCAACAUCUGCUUCCACGACUGCUUGGUGCAAGAGCACCCUGGACUUUUACGGUCCUGAGGCGGGGAAGCUUCCAAAAGGCCAGAAGGUCACGCAGGAAUUUGGUCAACUGGCCGGCCAGGCUAAGGAAAGUGCGGUCCCGUAUGUCACAGGGCACUGA